AUGAACCACCUCAGGAAUGAAUCCGAUCUGGGCUACCGGAAGGUCGACGACUCUACGGAGGGCGCACCACGCCCACGUCCACUGUCGUCGUCGAACCCACUGCUGCUGCGUCCCCGGACCCCGGGAGCCUGGGGUGCGGGCUGGACCUGGGAGAUUGUCAGCUGUGUCAUUGCCGUGGCCGCCCUCAUCGCCAUCAUCGCCAUCCUGUACAACUACGACGGCAAGCCCAUGCCCGACUGGCCCUAUGGCAUCACCCUCAACGCCCUGGUCUCGCUGCUGGUCACGGUCAUGAAGGCCGCCAUGGUCUUUCCCAUCACCGAGGGCCUGUCUCAGCUCAAAUGGUCAUGGUUCAACGAAAGCAACAAACUAAGUGAUCUCUCACUCUUGGACGCGGCCAGCCGGGGCGCCGUCAGUGCCACUUUCGUCCUGUUCAAAUUUGUCCCUCGCCACCUGGUGUCCAUCGGGUGCUUCAUCCUCGUGGUCGCAGCGGCCAUUGCUCCGUUCGUCCAGCAAGUCCUCACCACCAAGCCCCAACCUAUACAGACCCCCGACCAAUCGUCCAUCCGCGUCUGCAACACCAGCACCUACGUCGACUACGCCGAGGGAGCCGGCCCCGGAAUGAACAAAGCGCCCCUAUCCACCAUGGGCGCCAUCUACACGGGCCUGUUCCAAAGCGAGGGCCCGAACAGCGACUCGGUCGCCAUCACCUGUCCCACGGGAAACUGCACCUUCGCCCCCUACCAGUCGCUAGGGUUCUGCAGCCGCUGCGCCAACAUCACAUCCGACCUCACACUCGCCCCAUCAUCAACCGACAGCACCACGGAGACCUACAGCUACAACCUGACCAACGGGCUCAGCUUCACCACCUCCUAUAGCUCAAUGUACCUGAUGAACGCCACGACGGACCUCGACCUCAUCCAGCUCACCACCGACGGACUGCCCGUCAUCCUCAACUUCACUGCCAUCAGCGCCGCAGGCUAUGGCGUCCCCCCACAGGUCAGCGCCACCGAAUGCGCCCUCUACUUCUGCACGAAGACCUACGAAGCCAGCGUCCAGCGGGGCUCCUUCAACGAGACCCUCACGUCCACCGCCACAACCACCAACUCCUCCUCCACCGACGUCACAUCGAACAUCUUCCUCACCCCCCAAACCUGCUACACCAACGGCACCCAAACCUCAAACACAUCCGCCUGCACCUACGACGUCUCCUGGCUCAGCCAACUCGCCAUGUCCAACUCCAUCAGCCCCCUCCUCCAAGGCACCGGCUCCCUCUUCGUCAGUAACCGCCCCUCCUGGUCCUCCGACACCAUCGAAGCCGCCUACGGCACAUACGGGAACUACACCGACCUCAACACCAUGUUCGACUCCCUCGCCUCUUCCCUGACCAUGCACGCCCGCUCGAGUGUCUGCGCCGCCUCCAUCACAGGCACCACUUGGACUGUCGAAUCUUUCGUCCACGUGCAGUGGCCUUGGCUUACCCUUCCCGUCGUGCUGCUGGUCCUGACUCUCGUGUUCCUGGUGACGACCGUGAUUCGUACCCGGAACCAGUUCAUCUGGAAGUCGUCGCCCCUGGCCCUGCUGUUCUCGGAUCUGGCGGUCGAGGCUCCGCAUGCGUUUGAGCGCAGUCCUGAUUUGAGUCUUAUGGAGGAGGCGUCUAGGAGGAUGACUGUGUUUUUGGAGACGACGGCGGGGGGCGCCAAGUUGAAGGCCGUGCUGGGGUGA